UUGCACGUACGCUGUCUGCAAUUUUUCAGACACAGAGAGAGAGAGAGCCGAGAGAAGAAAAUUGUGAGGAAAUUCAAAAUUUUAGGGUUUGUGAAUUGAGUGAGCGUUAUGGAAUUGACGAAGGCGAAGGAGCUCGUGUCGACCAAUUCGGUCGUCGUCUUCAGCAAGACGUAUUGCCCGUUCUGCGUGAACGUGAAGCAGCUCUUGACUCAAUUGGGAGCAUCCUACAAGGCAUUUGAGUUGGACUCUGAAAGUGACGGAGCUCAGAUACAAUCAGCUCUGGCAGAGUGGACCGGCCAGCGGACUGUGCCCAAUGUUUUCGUUGGUGGAAACCACAUCGGUGGAUGCGACGAAACAACGGCAUUGCACAAGGAAGGAAAACUGGUCCCUCUGCUAACUCAAGCCGGAGCUGUUGCCAAAACUUCUACUUAAAAGGAGUUGACAAUUGGAUGGAUGAUUAGUAGUAAAGUAGAAUAAUUUCAGUUAUGUGCUUCAGUUUGAUCUGUUAAACAAUUUCCGAACGUAACGCACAUUCAACUUGAAUUUGUAUAAUCUCCGUUAGUAUUUUCGUGUUUCGAUUCGGAUA